ACCGCCUACUUUCACACUUCAAAUACUCAGUCUAAGUUUAUAGUGCAGACAUUGGGAGAAUACUAACCAUCGAAAAGUGAGCAUAAGUCAAGUUACAUGUAGAACUCAAUGCACACUGUGCCGACGGAAUACGGCGCGUUUUAAGACCACGCUUGCGCGCUUGCAAGAAUGUAAUGUCGACCAGCGCAAUCGGUGUGACUGCACGCCCCGUCUGAUCUUGUUUUGCGAGGAGAUUCCACUUGAAGACUCGAGAUGCUAAGCAAAGAAGACAACGGUUGUUAAACAAAGGGAUCCUGCAUUUCCUUAAUAAUGAAAAAGUGUUAUGGAUUGCUCCUGGUUGGGAUCUUCACUAUGGGUACAUAUUUGUUGGUCGUUUACACCUCGACUGACCCACCAGUUCCUCAGGUCAGAGUGAGUCAACAUAGAGUCAGACUAACCAAAUCAAAAGCCUCAUCAUGGAGAUCUUCACCAUUAACCUUGGAUGGUUACAACAACAUUGUUGAUAAUCAGCCCCUGAGGAUGCACUGCAACUCCUGCUCCCUGGUGAUGAGCUCUGGGCACCUGUGGGGCAGCAAGCGGGCAGAGGAGAUCGACCGCGCGGACUGCGUGAUUCGCAUGAACGACGCCCCGACCGAGGGCUACGAGACGGAUGUGGGCCGGCGCACCAGCCUGCGGGUGGUGGCCCACUCCAGCUUGGAUCAGCUGCUACGGAACCGCAACCGCCUGCUCCGGCCGGGCCAGGACUCUGUCUACGUGUUCUGGGGCCCUAGCUCCUUAAUGAACCAGCAGGGACUGAGCUAUAAGAAACUGCGGAACAUAAAGAAAGCGUCGCCUCAGCUCAAGAUGUACACCGUCUCCCAGCAGAAGAUGCAGCAGCUGGACAGACUCUUUAAAGAUGAGACGGGGAUGGACAGACGAAUGUCUCAAUCCUGGCUAAGUACAGGAUGGUUCACCAUGGUUCUGGCCAUUGAGCUUUGUAACAGGAUUGACGUUUAUGGAAUGGCGUCACCUGAUUUUUGUCAGAGUCCCAACCAGCCUGUCUCCUACCACUACUACGGAUUCUCCAGGGUCUCAGAGUGCGCCAUGUAUCUGACCCAUGAGCACGGCGAGCGCGGAGGUCACCAUCGCUUCAUCACCGAGAAACUGGUGUUUGCCGACUGGGCUCGAACUUUCGACAUCCACUUCCACCAGCCCGACUGGACUCCCGUGCUGCCCGCACAGAACGGCACGACUUCCCCAGUCACCCUGACAGGGUCCUGACUCCUGUUUGGAGUGUCCAGUAGUGUGUGAACACGAGGACACUGUGAAAGGAAAAAAAAACACCUGGACAGAAGAUUGAGUUUCUCACUGCACUGUUCUCGCUGUCGGAGUAGCAGGAUGGAGCAGACAGACAGAUCUGAAUCCAAUUACUGCAGCGGAGGAGUCUGCUGUGGGAGGUCUGUGAGAUCGACAGUGUUGGAGCAGCCAAGGCCAAGGCACGGUCAGCUGUGACGAGCUACAGGUUCACUCAGGCUAUCACAGUGAAAGAAAGUGAAAGUUUGUAUUGUUUUCACUCUUCACUUCAGGGCCACAGUGAUGCUGCUUCGUGAAUGGAAAUGGAAAGGAAUGUUAUUGAGGAAGUUGCUGGCUCAGAUCUGUGUUUUUGGGCAACAGCAAACAAUACGAUGAUUAGUGGCCAAAAACAUAACACAUUGUUGCUAUACAUGAUUGUGACCGCUGCACUAGCAAUUAUAAAGACCGGGCUGCACGAAACCUGGCAGGAAUGUAGCCCCACAAGGAUGACACGGAAUCAUUGUUUUUGUUAUGAUCCGUUGCCCGGCCACCCACCGCAUCGGACUCCAAAAGGAGGGAAGGGCGGACACAGUUUUCUGUGAAAGCUGAUGACCAAAGUUUUUUUGUAUGUUGGUCUCAACAUACUUAUCAUUUUUACACAUGCAUGCGUGUGCACACACAUACACACACACACACACAUAGAUGCACGGACACAUACACAUACAGUACACACACUGUGGACAAAUGUGGACACAGAGAUGUGUUAAAAACAGCACAUUGUGCACUCACACACUUACACACUCACACCAUUACCCCCCAAGCACAUGGUAGAAAAAGAGAAUGUAGAAAAGGAUUUGUCGGUGACCGAUUACCAGUAAUCAUGAAACCUUCAACUAGUUCUAUAAUAAUCACCUAAUAAAACUUGCCUAAAGAGAUUACACAUUACACUUUAAAAAAAACCACGGUGUUGGCCCCAGCCGUGGCGCGACCCGGGUUCGAUUCCCGCCCCGUGGUCCCUUCCGGAUCCCACCCCAGUUCUCUCUCCCUCUCGCUUCCUGUCAUACUCUCUACUGUCCUGUCCAAUUAAAGGCAUAAAAAGCCCCAUAAAAAUAAUCUUAAAAAAAAAAAAAAAAAAAACACGGUGUUAUCACUAAAGAAGAAAUACAGUUGAAAGUUUGAAAAAAUAACAGCCUUUCUCUUAACUGUGAAAAUAAGGAUGAGAACAGAAGCCUAUUAGCAGAAGGCAACAAGAUAUCCUCUUAGACUUGAGUUAAGACUGCAUACUGUGGUGCAUGCGGCAUUGCAUUGCUUUGCUUUGCUGCAUGAUUUAACAAACCGCACCAAGCAUACUAGAAGCGAUAGACCCCAAAAUAAACUGUGAAUGUCCUUGUGCGACUAGCAACAUUACUGUAAAGUGGCAAAGGUAUGGCACAGAGAGGAAGGAGAGAGUACUCAUUCAUCAAGGCCUUGAUAUGUUGUGGAAUGUUAAAACCCAAAUUUGUACUUACAUUUCUUAAUUCAAUAGAUAAUUAUUUAAGGUCAGGUGCAUUGCCUCCUGAAAACAAUGUUCAUGUAACAUGUGCCUGUGUGCUGUCUGUUGUUACCAAGUUUGCAAAGAAGUGGACUACUAUAGUAGGUGGAUAACAGUAUCCAGGAUAAAAUUGUGUACUAAGUAACACACCAUAGCUCAUCAUUUUAAGCCAUACCUCAAUUUCUCUAACUCUGCUUCUGUUAAAUUGUUUGUGCUUUUAGAUAUUUGGAGAUAUUUAGGUCACAUUGUUCUUUGAUUUCACUGAUCUGAAAGAUGUAUUUAAAUUAGAACUAGAGAAACUUGUCAUUUUGAAUAUGAUAUUGAGAAACAGGGAGACCUGAUUCUGCCGACUCUUCAUUAAACUUAAAUGGGUAUAGAGAGAACUGCCUGGUGCCUGGCACCACAACACAUGCUCUGAUGAAGACAUUUUGUAUGAGUAAGCCCUCCUAAAUUAAAGGCU